AUGACGCUCAAGAUCAUCAUCACCAGUGAUCCCAUAUGUCCCAUGUGCUACGUGGGCUUCCUACAACUUCAAUCUUCUCUCCAAAUUCUCGGAGUCUCAGAGUCAGACUACACCAUUGAAUUUGCUCCCUUUCUCCUACGACCGGAUUUGGCCGAGGAGAGGGCGGUGAGCAGGAAGAUGUUGCGUGAUCGGAAGAAUGGAGAGGAAUUGUCGAGACAGCUCUACGAGGAAGUGAAUGCUGAAGUGGAGAGAUAUGGUAUCAGGUUUACCGAAGACGGACCCGUACGCUCCUCUAUGCUCUCUCACCGCCUGCUCGAAGAAGCCUACGCUCGUGGCGGCCCAAACCUACAGCUCCCUUUCGCUCUCGCCCUGUUCCGCUCCUACCACGAGCAAGGCCAAGACAACGGCCUCCCCUCCCUGCUCAUCCCGCUAGCCAUCGAAAAUCACCUCUUCCCAGACGUAGAAGCGGCGCAGGCUUGGGUGAAUUCGACGGAGCGAGUGGAAGAGGUGGAGAAGCGCAUUUUCCAAGCGAGGAACAAGAAGGGUAUUCAGGGCGUGCCGUACACGGAGCUGGAGUAUGAUGGGAGAUUGGUAGUCGUGAGAGGCGCUUUGGAGCCUACGGAGAUCUUGGCGAAACUCAUGGGGAUCAAGACGGCAGAGGAGGGCGAGCAUGCAGGCGGAGCGAGAGAAGGGGUAGCUUGUCUUUGA